UAGCCUAGGAAAUAUUUGACGUUAACGCGAAGGAAGUGGUGCGAAUCCCCUGCGUAAGGAAGGUGAAGAAGGUACGGUAAGUUCUUGUACUUUAACGGGGGUUCUUCAUAGUUUCCUUUUCCCUCACGCCCACGCUUGAGUGAACAGUCACAGAAACUGGAACCAGGGUUAAGUGUGUGCAGGGAGAGAGUGAAGUACCCUAGUUCUGGCACAUGGUAGUUGAUGGUUUUUGUGAACUCAUUCUAUGUUAAUCAUGGUGUGUGUGUGUGUGUGCCAGCUUGCAAAACUUGGCACUGCCUUUUGAGCCUAGCUAGCCCCAUCUUCACGUGAUCUGCUCUUACCCUCUUUUGUUUGCUUCUCCUUGUUUCUCUUCUUAUAUAUCACUCUCUCUUCUUCUUCUGCACUCUCAUCUUCUCUCUCUUUUUCCAACCAUGGAGUCCUCAAAGAUCCAUGCUUAUCUCUUCCUUUGCAUGCUCUUCGUCUCCUCCGCCACUCCCAUUCUAGGCUGUGGCUACUGCGGCAAACCCAAGAAGCAAAACCCAAGUAAAAAACCAAAGACCACACCCGUUGUUAAGCCCCCUGUCACCCUCCCUCCCAUCUCUCUUCCUCCCGUCGUUAAGCCACCGGUCACCGUUCCUCCCGUCACCGUCCCUCCCAUUCUCAAACCGCCCGUCCUCCUUCCCCCCGUCACUCUCCCUCCCAUUGCGAAACCGCCAGUCACCGUUCCCCCCGUCACCGUCCCCCCAGUUUUGAAGCCACCCAUUUCACUCCCCAUUCCGCCGAUAGUGAAGCCCCCGGUGAUUCUCCCGCCCGUGCUUAACCCACCAAGCACUCCGGGGAAGGGAGGGUACAGUCCGUGCCCGCCACCCAAGUCUCCGGCACAGGCUACGUGCCCCAUUGACACUCUCAAACUCGGUGCCUGCGUGGAUCUGCUUGGCGGCUUGGUUCACGUUGGCCUCGGAGACCCGGUUACCAACCAGUGUUGUCCGGUGCUUCAAGGACUGGUUGAGGUUGAAGCUGCCGCCUGCCUCUGCACCACUCUUAAGCUCAAGCUUCUGAACCUCAACAUUUAUGUCCCUCUUGCCCUUCAGCUCCUUGUUGCUUGUGGCAAGUCCCCUCCCCCUGGUUACACCUGCUCCCUCUAAACCAGUGAAAAAGGAUUGAGGAAUAUAUGGUCAAAAUCGACAUGAGAGGAUGUCGAAGGAACCCGAUUGGAAUUGCUGUUGUUUGUUUUUCCUAUUAUUUGUAAAACCAUUUGUUUUCUUCAAUUCAUAUUGUUGCAUGUAUGUUUUAAUCCUAGGCAAGUAGCAGUAAACAUGCUCCUUUUUUUUUUGUGACAUUUUCAAUUAUUAAUUUAUAUCAACUGUGCUUUGUUGAGUA